UUAACAGAUCACGUAAAUUGCUACUCAGGCUUUAAUGAGGGCAACUUUUGUAGCAAAAAGGAUCAAACUAAAACCGAGACCAGAUGGUAUUAUGACAAAGGCGCCUGCAGAAAGUUUGUCUACAAAGGCUGUAAUGGCAACCGAAAUCGUUUCUGCACCAGAGACGCGUGCGAAAGACGUUGUGUUGGCGAAUAAUUUAAUUACUUUUAUAUAAAAAUAAAUAAAUAAGUGAAGAGACACAUUCAUAUGUAUUAUUAAAAAAUUUUAAAACAACAUUAACAUGUAUUGGAACGUGCUUUACAAAACUUUUUGAUAAUUAAAGAAAAAUGUUUAAAAUGCAAAAGUCAAUGGUUCAUUAAGCACCCAUCAUUGCUUUAAUUUAGCUAUAAAGAAAUAAAGAAAUUUUAUAAGAGAAAUAAUUAUUUAUAAUA